UUCGUUUUGUUUAUAUUAUUCAAAAUGGCGCUCUCCAUGAUAGAUAGUCUCUUUUCUCAAGCAAGCAAAACAUCUCAAGAAGAAAUUGACACGAUAUGUCAAGGUGUUUUAGAAAAUCUGUAUGCACCUGAGAAAUCUGCUGAGUGUAUGAACCAGUUAAGACAACUUUAUUUCAUUCUUCAAGCUUCACACACAGAGCCAUGUUUGCCAAGGAACAUGAUUUCAACUUUAGUAAACAUGGUGAGCUCAAUGGACCACGACAAAACAAAAGAAUGCCUUCUUUGUGAGCAGAUUUUAGCUGAGCUUUUACCUCGUGAUCAGGGUGACCUUGGGUCUGAUUUUUAUCCCAGUUCAGGUUAUCAAAGUGCAGAAUCCUCAGCCAACUGUUUUUCACUUUAUCUAAUGCAGGGUAACAGAAAUAUUUGUUUUACCUCCAUCAUUCCACAGGCUGUGAGGUGGAUGUCCUCAGGAAAGGAGGAUUUAAGUGUUCAAAGACAGGCCUUCUCUUUUCUGGUGUCUCUACAAGUCCUACACAACAGGAUGGCCACGGAGGAGACAUUGAAGUCAGUCAAUAGCACAGUGAGUGACUGGUUGAUGAAUGCCUCUUUGUAUCAGCUCCCUAAUCCUUACACCAUUAAUCCAUUCAGGAAGGAUCAGACACCUUUUGUAAAUGAAGUUGAUGGAACUCCCAGCAGAAACUUCUUUACUGUGCUCAAUGUUGGUCAGUAUUACACAAACGACCAAUUCCUGAACAUCUACAGUUUCUCUAUGCUAUAUAAGUGGCUGUAUCACUCCUACACGAGCAGUGAGGAUAGUCAGGAAGCCAGCAGGAGUGUUCAUGUGUUUAACGGUCUAGUGGACAAGUCCAUUGACUACUGUUUCCGAAUUUUGGACCAGUGUGAAAGAAAACCCAAAAUUCCAUCAGACAUUGAUCUCCAAAACUGUUGUCUGUUGGAGAUAGUGAAGGUACUAGACAUUAUUUGUAAGAUGGAACCAGGUCGGGUACCGCGGGUGUUCCAAGAGAUUCGUCGGUUGUACAACAGACUGGCUCAGGAACCGGACAAAGCCAGGCUUCUUAUUCCAAUUCUGCAGUUCUUCCUUAAUCAUGGUAAAAGUGUGGAGCAUGACCCACAAGAGGCCUACACACUGUUUUUCCACAAGCUGCUGACACAAUGGUACUUGGACCCAUUCUUUAGUUUCGACACAGUCACCUUUAUCAAGGACAACCUGGAAACACUAUGUCACAAUACCUCCAUAUUGUCUACAUACUUUCCCAAUAUCCUUAAGAUUCUAGCGUGGAAUCCUAGGUCCUAUCUGGCUGAUUUUGAAGAUAUUUUGCCAGCACUGAUGUCGCCUACCACGGCUACGGAAGUUUUCCAUAUGCUGUUGGAUUUGCCCUGUGUGACUAUUGCGUUAGAAGUAACUGAGCGAUGUAAGAAAAGUGAGGCCCAGACCCUGUCUACUGAAAUGGAACCCACCAGUUCAUUGUCUGCAUUCCAAAGCGCCCUCUACAGGCCAAUGUUCAACUUCUUCACCCGCGUGGAGGGAGGCCAUGGAGACACUAUAAAUAGGUUGUCCUCCUUCCUCAAGAUUUUGGCAGACAUGAGCCAACAUCCACGAGUGGUUGUCUGUUCUCAGAUUGUUCCUGUCUUAUUAAGGAUUUGGUUUGAUGUCAUACUUGAUGAAGCCUCCUCAGAGUUUGUGUCUCAGUUGAUUCCAGUACUCUUGGAAAGGACAGCAUUGUUAUACAACAUUCCUGGAUAUCAAGAAGACGUCAAAAAAGUGUUGUCAGAAAACCUGUUGCAUCUUUUAAAGAAACACCCAGAAACACUGCUGGAUCAAGCAUCCGAAAUUAAAGAUUUCCUUAUUAGCCCUCGGAAUAUAUCUGGAAGAAAGGAAUUCUUUGCAAAUCUGGUUUGGUGUGUUGGUGAGCUAUGUUCAGUCAGGCAUGACAAAAGAUGUAAUGCAGAAACAAUUACUCGAUUCUUUGAUACACUUGAGGUGCUGACCUAUGAACUCUCAGGAAUGACAAUUAGUGGUGAAGAAUUAGGAGACACCUCGAAAAUUAUAUGCAUGUUAAUGUCAUCCAUAUCAAAGUUAGCUUCCAAAUGUCAAGACUUGAUACCUCGUUCAAUUCUCCUCUUAACAAAAGUUGCCAAGCAACAGCAGGCUGGUUUCUUGGAUACUGAAGUUAAAGAUGCAUUGGUGGGCAGGGCACAAGAGCUUAUCAACCUCCUCAAGCUUCCAAAUUUUGCCAAGGUUGUGUUGAACCCUGAUGACGAGAUUGAGACUGGCCGGUGGCACAGAGACAACACAAGCUUACCCAUCACCCUGCGGGGAAUUCAGCAAAUUUUGUCAUAAAUCAUUUACAUUGAGGACAGACUGUCAUUACAGAAUUCGUGCUUUGGAGGUUAAAAUUAAAAAAUUAUUAGGAGCAAUAGGAUCCUACAUGUAUAUACAUGUACUGACAUUUUUAAAAUGGUACAUUGCACAAUGUAAUAUUAUGCAUUUCAAAUUUUAUUUAAACCAUGUGUAAAUCAACGAAAACCUCAACACAACGUUCAGUGGGAUAGUGCAAUUUUCGUGAUAAUACUCUAUUUACAAUGUUCAUGUUAUUGAUAUCUAUUUUAGUAAUAAAAUGCAAGAAAGUAA